AUGGCGACCGCGGGAGGUUCGUCUUCUGCGGGGUGGUCUGGGAAGAAGCUGGAGGAGAUGCUGCAGCACCUGGACCUCAAGGAUGACGAGUUGGAUGAAGUGACAGUGGGGGAGGAGGAAUCAAGGAAGUAUGAAGCAGAUGCCAGAUGGUUGGCGAUCGGGAAGGUAAACACGACCCGGAUCUUCAGCGCAUCGUCGAUGUUCGAGACCAUGAAAUCAAUCUGGGGAUUAGCACAGGUGCCAAAGUACAGGGAGGCCGGCGAAAAUCUGUACAUCUUUCAGAUGUUCUGCCUGGGAGAUUGGAAGAAAGUUGUCCAUGGAGGGCCAUGGUUGUUCAGGUGGAUGGGCAUGCUAAUUGAAGAUUACGAUGGCAAGCAAGACCCAGCAUCUAUUGUCUUUGAUGGCUUGUAUGUCUGGGCGCAGAUCCACAAUAUACCAGAGCUUUAUCGUAAACCCGAGGUAGUUGAUCAGCUAGCACGUCGGAUCGGCCGGGUCAAGGAGACACAACUUUCACCGAGGCUUUUCUAUGAGGGUGACUAUGUGAGGAUCCGUGCUAGGGUUCUGGUGAAUAAACCCCUUACAAGAGUGACCCCGCUAAACGUUGUGGGCGAGGGCAGGAAAUUCCUCCCUGUUAAGUAUGAGAAGAUACCCUAUUUUUGCCAAGUUUGUGGUCUCAUGGGUCAUAAUCAUGAGGAGUCGGAGAUGGAGUAUGGGAGGAGAAAGACAAGCAAUGGGGAAGCUGGAUGUUGGCACAGAGAAGGGAGAAUGCACAGGAGCAGCCAGGUGGAGGCAGAACUUCUCGAGGAGGCCGUUUUGGAGGCCGUGGCAGGGGCAAGUCAGGCAGGGGCGCCCCACCGCCUCGCCAAGCUUCACUAG